AAUUACACAAUGAAUGGAUGUGGAUUUGAUUUCAUUGGAAAAUGGGAAAGCUUGUAACAACUUCUACACCCCUUCUCUUCCAAUCCAAACUCCUCUGUUUCUCUCUCUCCUACCUCUUCCUCUCUCUCUUCUUUGCAUUCUACACUUCUCUCUCUUCCACCACUAAAUGCCAUUUCCAAUCUACCCCUUUCGACCCCCUCUUCAAUUACCCUCAAUCCUACGGCCAACACAAGCACCCAAUUCCCACCCUCCAUUCCUCCUGCAAUUCCCCUGUUUUCUUCUCAGAUUAUUGGGUUGUUUUCGAUGAAAUUCGACGGCUUGUGGAUGAUCCUUUGUGGGAUUUCAAGGGCUUGAAGUAUGUUCAAGGAAAUGGUGGAUGUUUUGGGAUAAAUUAUAGUAUGCAUGAAAGGAUUUCGUAUUUUGAUUAUGGAGAUGGUGGCAUUGAAAUCCCUUGUGGGUUCUUUAAGAAAUUUCCCAUUAGUGAUUAUGAUAGAAUGGCGAUGGAAAGUUGUAAGGGAGUUGUGGUAGUUUCUGCGAUAUUUGGAGACCAUGACAAAAUCCGACAGCCGAAAGGCCUAGGAUAUAAAACCUUAGACCAUGUAGGUUUCUACAUGUUUGUAGACGAGGUCACGUUAAAACAACUACAUUAUCAUAACCUACUCACGGGAAAAACCAAAGAGAAUAGAAUCGGGGCAUGGAGAAUUGUGAAAGUUGAUACUCAAGAACUAUACGAAAAUCCGGCUAUGAAUGGCAUAGUGCCAAAAUACUUGGUCCAUAGGUUGUUUCCCAACUCGAAAUAUAGCAUUUGGAUUGAUGCAAAAAUGCAAUUGGUUGUCGAUCCGUUGUUGUUGCUACAUUCACUUUUGAUAGUGAAAGACGCGGAUAUGGCUAUAUCUAAACAUCCGUUAUAUGUUCAUACGAUGGAAGAAGCUAUGGCGACCGCAAGGUGGAAAAAAUGGUGGGAUGUUGAUUCGUUACGGGUUCAAAUCGAGACAUAUUGUGAACAUGGAUUGCGACCGUGGUCGUCGAAUAAACACCCAUACCCUUCAGACGUUCCGGACAGUGCAAUAAUCUUUAGGAAGCAUGGGGUGGCUAGCAAUCUAUUUUCAUGUCUUGUGUUCAAUGAACUAGAAGCAUUUAACCCAAGAGACCAACUACCUUUUGCGUUUGUGAGGGACCUAAUGAACCCAAAGAUUAAACUCAACAUGUUCGAUGUCGAAGUAUUUGAACAUGUGGCAUCCGAGUAUAGACAUAACAUUAAGCAUAGUGGGUCCCUUGGGACCCAACCGGCUAGAACCAAGAGGGCUAGCCCUGACUUACUUGCUAAUGGCACUGGUCGUACCAAAUGUGAUAGUUACUUAGCAGAAAUGUGGGGUGAAUCACAAGAUUGAUCGUCAUGCAUCGAGUUGAUUGAUGGUGUUUACGGUCUAUGGCCAUGGCUCGCGACGUAUGACCAUUGAUUGGAGUAUUGGAGGUUUGGUGCGUCCGCCAGUGUUUCAUUUGUUCAUGGAAAGUAUAUAGUUAUUUAUGUUGAUUUUGGCCUUGCAUUCCUUAGCUCUGCGGCUUAGUUGAAAAAACUCAAUAUUUGAGUGUGGUUUUUUAUUUUUUGUAUUUAAUUCACUGUAACUAAAAGUAUUAAAUGCCAUAUGUAUAUUGAAGUGUGUUGCAAAAAUAGAGAUUUCAACAGAUGA